CGUAUGCGCUUGAAAAUCUGUAACGGACACCGCAACCGUCGCAUACUCGUCUCUGGGCUCUCGCACGACGCGUUGGUCUAAACUCGAGUCAGUUCGAUAGUAAUCGCCGCUAGUCGCCGCCGACUAUUAAGAUACUAAGAAGCAAAAGUAGUCUCUUUUGAGAGGUCCAGUCGAGAAGAGAAAACUCCGUACGAGCAAUCAUGAGGGAAAUCGUCCACAUCCAAGCCGGACAGUGCGGUAACCAAAUUGGAGCGAAGUUUUGGGAAAUCAUAAGUGACGAGCAUGGCAUUGACCCGACUGGCACCUACCACGGUGACUCUGAUCUCCAGUUGGAGAGAAUCAAUGUCUACUACAAUGAGGCAUCCGGCGGCAAAUACGUGCCGCGUGCCAUCCUCGUCGAUCUGGAACCCGGCACCAUGGACUCCGUGCGCUCGGGACCGUUCGGCCAGAUUUUCAGACCGGACAACUUUGUGUUUGGUCAGAGCGGCGCUGGCAAUAACUGGGCGAAAGGCCACUACACCGAGGGCGCCGAACUGGUAGAUUCUGUUCUCGAUGUUGUGAGAAAGGAGGCUGAGAGCUGUGACUGCUUGCAAGGAUUUCAACUUACGCACUCCUUGGGUGGUGGUACUGGCUCCGGCAUGGGUACCCUGCUCAUCUCCAAGAUUCGUGAGGAAUAUCCCGAUAGAAUCAUGAAUACGUAUUCCGUCGUACCGUCGCCCAAGGUGUCCGACACAGUCGUCGAGCCGUAUAACGCCACCCUCUCCGUACACCAGCUCGUCGAAAAUACGGAUGAGACCUACUGUAUCGACAACGAGGCCCUUUACGAUAUCUGCUUCCGCACCCUGAAACUAUCGACACCGACGUACGGUGAUCUAAAUCAUCUUGUCUCCCUCACGAUGUCCGGGGUCACGACUUGUUUGAGGUUCCCUGGCCAACUGAAUGCUGAUCUCAGGAAACUCGCCGUCAACAUGGUGCCCUUCCCUCGUCUCCAUUUCUUCAUGCCUGGUUUCGCUCCUCUCACAUCCCGCGGCAGUCAGCAAUACAGAGCGCUGUCCGUACCGGAACUCACCCAACAGAUGUUCGAUGCUAAGAACAUGAUGGCAGCGUGUGAUCCCAGGCACGGCAGGUAUCUCACAGUUGCUGCCAUCUUCCGCGGUAGAAUGUCGAUGAAAGAGGUCGACGAGCAGAUGCUCAACAUUCAGAACAAGAACAGCUCAUACUUCGUCGAAUGGAUACCGAACAACGUAAAGACCGCCGUAUGCGAUAUUCCGCCACGUGGUCUUAAGAUGUCUGCCACGUUCAUUGGCAACUCCACCGCCAUUCAGGAACUGUUCAAGCGCAUCUCCGAGCAGUUCACUGCCAUGUUCAGGAGGAAGGCUUUCCUUCACUGGUAUACUGGCGAGGGUAUGGACGAGAUGGAGUUCACUGAAGCCGAAUCGAACAUGAAUGACUUGGUCUCCGAAUACCAACAAUACCAGGAGGCUACCGCAGACGAGGAUGCAGAAUUCGACGAGGAGCAAGAAGCCGAGGUCGACGAGAACUAAGAGAAAAAAAAUUACCGCGGCGGAAACGACACUCGCCAUCCUUUCCCUAUUCUCUCUCUCUUUCUCUCUCUUUCUCUCGACCGAGCGAUAACGCAAUAUACCCUUCACCCUUGCUUCUUAACUCGUUAUCUCUCUUUUGUAUCUUUUUUACGGAUUUCUGUUCGAACUUUCGCGGAGCGCGCGCGCGCGCGCGCACUAUUCAUUGCUCUCCGUUAAUACCGCACUUAGUGCGAUAAUUUGAAGAAUAUUUUCUUAUUUUUGAAUGUCUACAAGAUUUAUUAUUUUUGAUUACUAAUUUACGCGCGCCCUUACCAUCAUCCAGUGUACAACCGCUGAGAGCGGUCGCCAGCAUAUUUGAAUAAAUUAUUAUCAUAUGAAUCUGUCGUCACUCGCACUACUCCCUGAUUAUUUACACAGACCUCUAGGCUAUAGUGCUAUUGAUUUUUUGUAUUUUCGGAGACUUCGUAUAUUUAUAUUUGUCUGUUGUCAUACGCAGUUUUAUACCAUGAUAAAAUAGAUGUGAAUAAAAAUCCAAUAAAAUAUA